AUGGAGGCGCUAGCCGGCGAGCUAAGUGUUCUCACCGGAUUGGAUCAGGCGACGGUGCGCAGCCAACUUGUGCCGUACAUCUCUACGAUCGGCACGCGUGGAGAGCUCCUUGACUAUCUCGACGGCCUGCUGGGGCCGGGCCAGCAGCAGAGGGAGCUUGCUGUCCGAUUGGCAGCAGUGCGCUUCUCGACUGCCAGUCUGAACACUGCGCCCUCGUCAGGAACUCCGUCUGGACUCAUCUGGGACGAUGAUGAGAAUGUGGAUCGGCACGGCAGGGGCAACCUACGCUUCGUGCCCCGCCAGUCUGGUGCCGCUCCACGCCCUGCCGCUGGAUCCUCUCAAACUCAAGCUCGCAAAGCACCUCGAAGAGACAGAGCGAGACCUUCAGAUGCCCGGGCCGAGGAUGGCUUGAGCGAGCCCGCUAAGCUUGAGUUGGCCAAGCUCAGGCGCGAGCUCAGCAUUGUCUCGGGUACUUCGGCCAGCCAUACAGGCCGUCGCUGCUUCUGCCAAGGCCGUCAACACGCGUUGUCGCCUUACGUUCCUAUCUGCCCGGGUUGUGCUCUCAUCGUCUGUCAUGCAAACUCGCCACUCGCAUCUUGUCCGUCGUGCCAGUACGGCCAAUUAGCUUCCUUGGACGUCCUCGAGGCGAGCAAAGCAUCUCUGGCGCUACAAGUGAGCGGCUUGCUCGAGUCCGAGCGCCUCAAAAGGGCGCAGGAAGAGCAGCAGCGGCUCGCAGAGGCAGCAGUCAUUCGCUUCCCCGGCCUCGACAGCAUCACUACUUCUACGCCUGCGAGAGCAGCUGCGACAGGCUACGCAGACAGAACAGGAGGUGUCGGGAGAGCGGUCGACAAGGCCUAUGCACGAUCACAAGCUGAGGUGGAACACAAGACGCUCAGCAUUGGCAAGUCAGGCAAGCUCACCGUUGCUACUAGUAGAGCCCGUGAGCCCAGCGCGCUGUCUCGCCCAGAGCGAGAGGAUCCUCACGAUGGUCUUGUUGGCUGGUCGGACCCAUUCGACGAUGGCGUCAGGCUGUCAAUGGAUUGA